AUGUGGCGGCUGAUCUAUCUGUUCCUUUUAUUUGUUCGCGUUUAUCUGGCCUUUUGCCCAAGUUAUCUCCAUCCCGAUGAAAUCUUCCAGGGCCCGGAACCAAUGGCCGGCGCUAUCUUCCCCUAUCCGAAUCAACAGACAUGGGAAUGGACAUCUUCUCAUCCAAUCCGCAGCGUCUUCCCGCUGUGGCCCAUCUACGGUCUGCCCAUGACAUUGUUGAAGUGGGUUUGGGCGCAAGAAGAAGAUGGGUUGGUCGACCCUGCCAUAAUCUAUUAUACCCUGCGUCUGGUCAUGUUUGUUCUCAGUUUUGUCCUGGAGGACUGGGCUGUCCAUGAUCUUGUCCGAUCUCCGAGAAAUAGACGACAUGCGGUUCUCCUUGUGACUUCGUCAUAUGUCACUUGGACUCUCCAGACUCAUACCUUCUCAAAUUCGGUCGAAACUCUUCUCGUCUUAUGGAGUCUUGUUGUGAUAGAGCGUAUUCUCGGCGAAAAUAAACGAUCCGCCAUUGCUGCUAGCAUUGUGCUAGGCUUUCUUCUUGUUUUUGGGUCUUUUAAUCGGAUUACUUUCCCAGCUUUCGUUGUGAUACCCGGCAUCCAGUUGUUGCCACACUUUUUGAAUAGACCUUUUUGCCUUCUAGCGAUCCUACUAUCUGGAAUUUUCUGGACCUUGUUCGCCAUUACCAUUGAUACUGCUUACUAUUCCGGUCCGGCAGCCACCAAGUCAUUCCGAGCCUUAUACGAACGCGUCCGCAGUGCCCCUGUAAUCACUCCACUCAAUAAUGUACUGUACAACACACAGACUGGUAACCUGGCCCAACACGGGCUUCAUCCGCACUACCAGCACCUUUUCAUCAACGUACCACAACUCCUCGGUCCAGCUCUGUUUGUCCUUCUGAUCUCUGCAUAUCCCUUCAACCUCCGUGUCUUCAAAACAAUGCUAAGCAAUGCACGGCUCGCAUCUGCGGCGUCGGGAACUCUCCUGCUUAGCAUCAUUCCCCAUCAGGAACCACGAUUCCUCCUGCCGACCGUUCCCCUCCUUCUAAGUUGCAUCCACGUUCCAACGACCAAGAUAUGGAACCGCAUCUUCUGGAUAACCUGGGGCAUCUUUAACAUCCUCCUCGCCGUCAUAAUGGGCAUCUACCAUCAAGGCGGCGUGAUCCCUGCGCAACUCGCAGUCCCAUCUCUCGUCGUCCAAUCCCUCAACACAUCGUCGUCGGAAGCCCACAACAUCGAAGUCUUCUGGUGGAAAACCUACCCACCACCCAACUUCCUCCUUGGACCCACUCCACUGCACCCAGCUACAAACCAUCCACUAAACCUUUCCACCGUCCCGCUCAUGGGCUUCCCGCAGCAAGAACUCGUCUUCAUGCUCAUGCAGCACAUGCCCACGUGCGACCCCGGCCUGAUUGAGCGACUGACCACGCACCACGAGAAGACGGAUGUGUUUGUCGUCGCACCCCUCUCGGCCUGGCGCCUCCCUGAACCGUAUCCACCGAUUGCGGACUUCAGCUUCUCCGUGACCUUCAACUUACCGCCCGCAAAGCUGAAUAUGAAGAAUAUUGCCAUGUUCAGACAACAUAUCAACUUGGAUGACAUGGAUUUCGGUGACGACGGGAUUAUGAAUACGCUCCAGCGAAUCGUGGGGAGGAGAGGGCUGGGGGUCUGGGCGGUCAAUCAGGUCUGUGGAUCGCAUGAGGUUGUCUACGUCCAGGAUGGAAUGGCCAUCAAUUCUAAGGGUGACACCAUUUCCGAGAUACCACUGACGACGGCACCACCAGGCUCUCCUAAGAGUGCUGGUGCGUUUUCCACACUGGAGACAGGUAAUUAG